AUGCUGACCAGAGGUGCUAAAGCAGAACAAGAGCCGGCACCGCCGCAAGAAGUAGCCUUGAGGGUCCGAAAGUCGACAACCAAUCCCGCCGUAGCAAGAGCGUAUUACGUACUUAUCUUCUUACGCGCCAUCGUUGGCGGGAAGUCUUGGACAAGGAUGGAAGACCCUGCCAGAGGCGCACGGUAUUGGCCUAGGCACCAGUUAACCUCGUUGUGGGAAGUAUGGAAAAUCCCGGCGGGAAAGUAGGAUUGCAUGAACCGGAGUCCGUGAAGCCAGUGGUGAAACACAUUUUAUGUACCUAUACCAUCACACAAGACACGAAAUGGAUAGGUUGCUGUUUUUUAAUUUCAGUACCUUAAAGACAUUACCAAUCACUGCUUUCAAGGUCAUAGUUGGAAAAUGCUUUCAUAAAUUAUAAAAAC